ACUCGAAUAAAAUCAAAAUCUCUCCAUCUUCCUCGCGAUUUCUUCCACCGUCCUGCGAUCCUCUCGUGUUUCACACUUUCGAUGGCGAGUCUAAGAGCUGUAUCUGAAGAUAGAAAAUCGGAUGACCUCGAAAUCGUAUCCGUCGGAGCUCUCUAUAGCGGCUCCUGGGAUAAGAAGUACUGGAGUUCAUCUAGGGGAAAAGAUCGCUUCCCUUAUCCUGUGGGCUAUAAAGCUGUUCGAACUCAGAAUGAUAACACAUAUUAUAUGGAGAUUGAAGAAGGUGCUAAGGGACCUUUGUUUCUGAUUAGAUAUUUGGAUGAAUCUUGGACGGGUCAGACACCGGAUAUUGCAUGGGGGAAGUUCCAGAAGAAGACGGGUUUCUCCAACUUAAAAGUAUGGCAUGGGAAACGGUUUACUUGUAAGAUGAACGGCAUGGAGUUCUUUGGCUUCAAAAAUCCGUUGGUUCAGAGAUUGCUCCGGGAACUUGUGACCAACUCCCAUGGGAUGGUAGAAUCUAACUCCAGCAAUAGGGUUUCUCAAAUCCGGGUCAAUGAUGAAAGACCAAUCAUACCUGAAAAUCCAGAUUUAUUAUGUUAUCUGGACAUGCCAGUGGCUAGGAAGAAAAGAAGUAGAAAAGCUGAAAUACUCCACCCGUAUUCAGUUGUUAAAGAAGACCAUAAAAAGCCAAGAUCCCAAUACUCGAUUUCUGGUGGAGAGAUCUUAAAUGUUGCACCAGUGUCAAUCUGUUCAGCAAAAGGAGUGGAGAUAGUUGGCCUUCAAGGGGAACUACAGGAGCAGUUGCAUUCUUGUCAUGCUACAGACGAAAAUUUAUCUCUACCAUUAGAAAACCCUCCUGAAGUGAACGUAGCCGUCACUAUCCCAAAAACAAACCAGCUUUCGGACAGCUGUAAAACAAAGCCAUUAUCCAACAUUUCUGAACAGCCUCACGGGUUGCAAGAAAAAGAAAACAAACCCAACGAUGAUACUUUUCUAAACGAGAACCAAGAUAUGACUGGUUCCAAUCUUUGUGCACCCGAUACCUUAGAGUUUGUGCAAGAAGACCCCAUAAGUUCUGUUCCAGUAACAGAUGAUAAUACAAGUUGCGAGCAAAGAGAAGAAUUGACCCUUGCUGACAUGGUAGCCAAUGAAGGGCAUUCAGCUGAACCAGAUACAGAUGAUUUAGCUAAUCAGGAAAUUGCCAAAUCUAUGAUCUCAUUUCUACUUCCUCGAGCAAUUCCACUACUCAAGAAGAAGUCAGUCAAGAAGCCCGCCCAAAAUGAUAAGUCAGAAACAAUGUCUACUAGAUUAAACCGUUCAGACAACUGCAAAACGAGCCAAAUUGAUGAUGCGUCCGGGGCUGCUGUGUCCCUGUGGAGAAGAACAAGCAGCGGACAUGAUGAUAACAGGCGAGUCGUUCCUCUAGAUUAUGUUCAGGAUGUUACAAGUGUGCCCAUUGCUCCUGACAGUUUUGAUGAGUCUCACUUGGAUGUUGUUGAGAGUGAGCAUAUCAUCUCAUCUUCCAAGGAAGCCUAUCCAGCAGAUCUUCCCAAAAAUCCCAUAGACGAGGAAGAUGUUGUAAUAGUAAACGCAAGUCCAUUGGUUUCUGCUUUGGAUACAGUUGAGAUCAUAAAGCGGUCUUCACACGAUGUACCCAUUGCUCCUGACAGUUUUGAUGAGUCUCACUUGGAUGUUCUUGGGAGUGGUCAUAUCAUCUCACCUUCCAAGGAAGCCUAUCCAGCAGAUCUUCCCGAUAAGCCCAUAGCCAAGGAACAGGUUGUAAUAGAAAAUGCAAGCCUAUCAGUUCCUGCUUUGGAUACAGUUGAGAUCAUAAAGCCGUCUGCACAUGAUGUUAGUACUAUUUUGGAAGAAAAUAAUCUAGACGGAUGUGUCAAGAAGUCUAUGUUAAUACCACAAAGCACCAGUCCGACUAACAGGAUCAUUACCAAAGAAUCUGAGGAACUCUGUGCAAAAGGAGACUUAGUGCAAACAGAGCACCACUUAGAAAACAAGGAAGCAAAGAGUACAUCUUGUUCUACUGAAGGUAAUGGUCUCGUUGUUGGCACAACCCCUACUGGAGUUAGUUCUGUUAGAAAAGAAACACAUAAGGUGUAUAGCAGGAAAAGAGUCUCGACCAAUCAACUGCGAGGAAACAAGAACUCAUCCUAUGAAAAUAAAAACAGUUGCAGAAAAGCUGGGGAUGGUGAUUCAGUAAGCAAGAUGUCUCCUAUUAAAACCAAACGUAUCUUGGAGCCUCAGCCGACGUUGUCUACUAACUCUGUAUCAGAUAGAACAAAUCCACAAGGGGAUGGAAGCAGUCAUGUUACCGAACAUUACCAGGGUCCUGAGCCGAUGAAGGUGAAUAACAAUCAAUUCACCAGUGUAUUUUGCAAUGAGGUGUGUGUGGUACCACAAGAUAUAAGCCCAGCUCAAGGUUUUGGAAAUGCAAGUACAUCACCACCAUCAUUUCCAGCGUCGAAAGUUGAAAAUGUUCAAGGCCAUAUUGGUGAGGCACUGGGCAUCCAAGUCUCUGAACCUCCUUCUACAGAGUCUCAGUUGAAGGAAAAUUCCAGCGAGAAACGCAUCUCUAGUGUGCCGGAAAUUGCACCUAGUUCAAGCUUAAAGCUCAACAAAGAUGUAAAGAGCAACAAUGAGAUGGAAAAAACUGUUGAGCAGCUUGGCUGCUACUUUCAUCCCAUGCCUGUUUCAUCAGUUUCACUUCAGUCGGUUGGUAAUGAAAUCUAUAUUUGUGUGCUGAGCUUUGCUACAGAAGAUAGAGUUAGAACCCUAUUUAUGUACAAGAUAUCAACUAAAGCACCAACCAAAGGAUUCCCCUCUGUCGUUGGUCACACACCUGUCAUACUCCCCAUUAUGGAUGACAAAUCGGGUGGAAAUAAAACACUCGAAAGGUCUUAUUUUCACGUCACUCCAGAUGGGGAGCAUCUUAUUUUUACUGGCAAUAUCAAAACAGCUUAUUGCAGGAAGAAGGAAAUUGAUUGCUCGUGUUUGACUUGUACAUCAGCCUCCUUUGAAGAGAAUGCAGUGAGAAUUGUCGAGAUGAAAACUGGUUACGUUUCUCUUGUGACAAAACUGCAAGCAGUCGAUAGUGUGCAGUGCGUGGUGGUGUGCGAUCCUAAGUAUCUCGUCGCAGUUGUUAAAGGUGGAAACCUUAUUGUCUGGGCCAUGAACUCCAAUUGGAGAGGUCCUACCGAAGAAUUCGUUAUCCUCGCAAAUCCUUGCAUAUCUUCAUGCAUCGUGGAACUGAAGAAGAUCCCAAAAUGUCCUCAUCUCAUUAUUGGGCACAAUGGUAUUGGAGAAUUUACAGUAUGGGACAUUUCAACGCGAAGCCAAGUAUCAAGAUUUGUAUCUCCCAGCAAUAGGAUCUUUGAGUUCAUCCCAACCAGUUUGUUUGCGUGGCACCCUCUACAUAGCCAUUCUACAAUGGAGGAUCAUAUCGACAUGAUUUUAGCUGCAACAAAACUGUGGUUCUCAAAAGGGAUCAACAACAAAACAUUGGUUCCAGCUGAAGUCAAAGACACUGCGAUCUGGAUUUUAAUCUCUACCGAACCUGACCCAGACGUCAAUUUUGUCAGUGUAGAAAGACCAGGUAGAUGCUGGAGACUGGCUCUGCUUGUGAGAAAUCAAGUCAUAUUGGGUAGUCUACUGGAUCCAAGGGCUGAUGUAGCGGGCACAGUAUCUGGUCAAGGAGUAACAGGCACAGUCGAUGGACUUGUAUAUUUGUGGGACAUGUCGACAGGCUUAAAACUCGGCGCCCUCCAUGAUUUCAAAGGUCAAGGAGUUUCAUGCAUAAGCUCAGAUGAUUCCGGGAAUAUAUGUGUAGCAAGUAAGGAUGGUCAGUUUCUGGUUUAUUGCCAUCCCAGCAAGGAAACUCAAAGUCAAGGAGUAUAGACUUGGAAAGAGGUUUUGGCUUCGAUUACUAUACAAGCUGGGGAAUUGUUAUCUAGUUUUUUUUUUUUAAAUCAAGAGGAUAAAUGAUUAAAGGCUUAUGUAUAUAUUCGUUUUUAUACGGAAAAAUGGUAAACUGAG